CGAAAUAAAAGGCGAAUUCAUUCGGUGAAUUAACUCACUGGUGAUACGUUGGACUAUUGAGUACAUUGUUAGUAAACAAGAACAAAUCUGAAGGAUUGUAUUUAAGUAAUUUAAGAAUGUCGGUAGACCUAAUUAACCGAGAUCCUAAUUGUAUAAACAGUCACAUACAGUGUGCAUUUGAAGAUGUAUUAGCGGAACCGGAAGGUGUCCAGAGUAUAGACUGUGUCUGGAAACUGUCUUACUCUUGCUUCGAGUGCUGGAAAAACCUCUGCUACAAACUAACGACACUUCUCUGCGGCUGCUGUAUUGCAGCUUCCUGGGGUUGUGAGUUCGCCUCCGUCGCCUUCCUUCAUGUCUGGCAAUUUACACCUACCCUCAAAGUUCUUCAGAUCAACUGCACCUACUACAGGAAAUGGUGGUCACUUAUUCUGUCAUGCUGUGUGGACCCGUGCUGUAUUUCGUGCGGACAGAUUUUCCAUGCAUUCAAGAGAGAAAAAUAAAAAGACUUUGUACCACAGUAUAUCUAAGAUAAACCAGUAUUUUAAAAUUAUGUCAUAUUCUCUAGAUUUAUAAUAAAAGUAUAUUUUGGUAA